AUGGAUUCUUCUGCCACCACAACAAUUUCUCUCGUCGGCCCGCCGGAGAUCCACCGGAAGUCUACUCCUCCCGCCGCCGUCACCGCCACCGCCCCCACCACGACGGGAAAUCCGUUCAUGGACCUCAUGGUGGCCAACUUCAAUAAGACGGCGGUCCCGGCCCCCGUCCCACCCAUGGGCUUCACCGAGAACUUCUCGCCGACAUUCCUUUCCUCCGGAAAUCCCUGUCUGGACUUCUUCUUCCACGUCGUCCCCGACACGCCGCCGGAGGCCCUCGCCCAGUGCCUGAAGCUCGCCUGGGAAGACGACCCGCUGAAGGCCCUGAAGCUCGUCUGCAACCUCCGCGGCGUUCGCGGCACUGGCAAGACCGACAGGGAGGGCGGGUACACGGCGGCCCUGUGGAUCCACAAGAACCACCCCAAGACCCUCGCCUGCAACGUCGCCCCCCUGGCCAAGUUCGGCUACUUCAAGGACCUCCUCGAGAUCCUCUUCCGCCUCGUUGAGGGCCCCGACGCCCGUACAGAGGCUAAGGCCGCUUACCGGAUGGAGGAGGCCCACUACGCGUAUCGUGUACGGGACCGUUUACGUAAGCAAGUGCUUGUCCCGCUUCGUAAAGCCCUCGAGCUGCCGGAGGUUUACAUGAGUGCGAAACAGUGGAGUACACUCCCUUACAAUAGGGUGUCCUCUAUUGCCAUGAAGAUGUACAAGCAGGUGUUUCUGGAGCAUGAUGAGCAGAGGUUCGGAGAGUAUCUCGAAAAGGUUCAUAAGGGUGAGGCCAAGAUUGCUGCUGGAGCUCUACUUCCACACGAGAUAGUUGCCGGUCUUGAAGACGGUGACAACGGCCAGGUGGCAGAGCUUCAGUGGAGGAGAAUGGUGGAUGACCUGGCGAAGAAGGGGAAGAUGAGCAACUGCAUAGCGAUUUGCGAUGUGUCGGGGAGCAUGUAUGGUGUCCCGAUGGAGGUUUCGGUAGCUCUUGGGGUUUUGGUUUCGGAGCUUAGCGAGGAGCCAUGGAAGGGUAAGCUCAUCACAUUCAGUGCGAACCCCAAGAUUCAAGAUGUGGUGGGGUCGAGUUUGGCGGAGAAGACGAAUUUUGUAAGGAGUAUGGAGUGGGGUAUGAACACUAAUUUCCAAAAUGUAUUUGAUUUGCUUCUUGAAGUUGCCGUGGCCGGAAAGCUCAAGCCCGAUGAGAUGAUCAAGCGGCUUUUGGUGUUUAGUGACAUGGAGUUUGAUCAGGCAUCUGCUUAUAAAUCGUUAGACCUACCUGAGCGGGCCCCUAAGCGUCGGCUGUGGAAACAGAUAUGGGGUUGGGUCGGCCCUCAACGGGUGAAGCAGUUCUUGUGGCUGGCGGCACAAGACCGUCUGUUGACCAAUGGCGAGCGGCACCGGCGACAUUUAACAGAUACCUCAUUGUGCGACUUGUGCAAAGUUCAGCCGGAGACCGUUCUUCAUGCACUACGUGACUGUACGCACUCGGUCCAAUUUUGGAAGGCGAUAUUGCCCCGCUCACGAUGGACAGAGUUUUUUGCUGUGGAACAUGGCCCGUGGCUGGAAGCUAAUCUUACCGGCACGUCGAACGAUCUCGACGAUGACUGGGACUGCUCCUUUGGUGUCGGGGUGUGGCGGCUACACGGGGGGAAUAGCAGCGGCGUUUUAUCCACCGGCCUCGCCUUCAGGCGUAACAUAUUUCGGUCGACCGGCGGGGAGAGCUUCGGAUGGUCGUCUAAUCAUAGACUUCAUAGUGUGGGGAUACCAUACCUGAGUUCAUACCUUGAUUCAAUUGGAUCCAAUUACCAGCAAGGUGCAAAUUUCGCAACAGGAGGUGCAACCAUCGUCAGGCCUAACGAGACCUGGUUUGCCACCGGUGCCAGCCCAUUCCCCCUUGAAAUCCAAGUUGAGCAUUAUACCCAGCUUAAAGACAGAGCACCUCAUCUCUACAAUCAAAGCAAGGACGAGUGCGUAAGAUACAGACUACCAAAUCCUGAUCUGGAUUUGUUCAAGGCGCUUUUCACAGUGGAUAUUGGCCAAAACGAUGUCGCUUUUGGUAUCCGAACUUUAAGUUAUCAACACCAAAAGGAAGCCAUACCCACAAUCGUUGCUCAGUUUAUCUCACAAAUUGGAGUUUUAUACGAAAGAGGAGCACGAACAUUUUGGAUACACAACACGGGCCCAAUCGGGUGCUUGCCCGUGGCAAUUGCAAAGGUACAGAAGCCUGUGCCGCCAGGGUACCUUGAUGAGUUUGGCUGUGUGAAGAUCCAAAAUGACGUAGCUUUGCUAUUCAAUAAAGUAUUAAAGGACGAAAUUGUGAAGCUGAGGGCCAAUCUUUCCAAUGCAUCCAUAGUCUAUGUUGAUGUGUAUGCUGCCAAGUAUGAACUAAUCAGCACAGCCAAGAAUCAAGGAUUUGAAGACCCUUUCGCCACAUGUUGCGGCUAUCAUGGGAUCGACUAUGAUGUUUACUGUGGAAACACAGGAAAUGUAAACGGUACUAAAGUAUUUGCAACUUCUUGUCCUAAUCCUUCUGAAGUCAUCAGCUGGGAUGGGGUGCACUAUACUGAAGCUGCCAACAAAUGGAUUGCGGACCGAAUAGUUAACGGGUCUUUAUCCGACCCACAAGUCGCAGUCUCGCGUGCGUGUCAUAUGCAAGCAAGUGUCAGUCCUAUGAAAACGCAAUCAAAUUCCGAUUAG